UAAAACCCCAGUUAACUGCUAGAAAAUUCUCCAAAAGUUCAAGAGUAAAGAUUCACAUAGACAUAUAUUGUACAUCUAUUUUUUGUAAGAGUAUUCUACCCAAUUAAUCCUUAAAAAUGUUGGCCGGCUGCCCCGAUGAGCUGCCCAAUCCGCACAAGAACUGCCUGCACGAGAUGCUCCAGGCGCUGAUCUGCAACGACAACGAUGUGAAGCGUUUGAACACGGAGCUGCGGAAUCUUAAUCUAGAGCUAAAGGCGGAGCUGGCCAAGAUUAACAAGGCGAACCAGAAGUGCGCGCACGAGAAGAAGGGCAAGGUGGUUUGCGAGAGCACCGAGGAUGUGACGAAGUUCGCCCAGCGGAUCAAUAGCCUGGAAGAGGUGAAUGCGCACUUCACGCAGCGAUGUGAGGGGAUACGAAAGCGGCGGGACAACAUCAUCAUCUAUGCUCGCCAGUGCCUGUACGCCUACAACGAGGAGAAGUGCAAGUUCAAGUCGUUCCACGAGAACACGGUGGACUACAUAAAGCGUACGGCGACACUCUCCCAGGAUGCGGAGGUCAUCCGGGCAUGCGGAAAGGAGGUGUGUGAGCUGCAUAAGCGUUUCGUGCGGGAGGUGGCCAAGCUGAAGAGCUGCGAGGCGGAGCUGCUGCCCUUCUUCAAGCUGCUCAAGGAAUCCGAUCCGAAGACCUACUGCGAGUGCUGCUGCUUCAAGGGUUACGACUGGAUGCCCAAAAGCAAGAACCUGGAGGCCGUGGAUGCAAUGGCUGGCGAGAUCAAGGAGCAGAUGGGCGACGUGCUGGUCAGGGCCUUCGCCCAGCUGCACAUUCAUUCGCCGCAGGAUCCACGCGCCUUCAUUGCCGCCUAUCUCAUGAAUCUUGAUCGGAACGAGCAGGAAAUGAAGGAGAAGCUCAUGAUUUUCCAAGCAGAUCCAGCAGUGCAACCCCAGGAGCUUUCGGACCCCACAUUCAAUUGCGAGGAUAAUUGUCCGAAGGCAGAAUGAUAUCAUUAUUUAUCCACGAUUGUAUUCGAAUAAUAACUUUAAAUUGGCGAACC